GAUAAGCUAAAUUGCAUUUGCGCCUGCUGCGUCGGUUCACCCACCCCCUCGACCCCACAUGCACCAAAAAUUCGUUGUGAUUUUCUAAAAAAACUGUGUGCACCCUUUUUUUUUUUAAUUUGCUUUUGCCCCUCCAACAUUCAACUUCUUGCCUUCUACCAGGCAUAAGGGCGCAACUCCUCCUUUGUCGCAUCAUAACAAACCGUACGACCAAUUCAUAUCUAAACUAGUCCAAAGUAGUACAAAGAACACCCGAAAAUAUGUCUCGAUUCUUCCGCAGCGGCGACGAUAGCUCGUCCGAGAGCAGCUCCGAAGAGGAGGAGCUCUACUCUGAGGAGGAGGAAGAAGAGGAAGAGCAGGAAGAGGAAUCUGAAGAGGAAGAAGAUGAGGAGGAGGAGGAUGGAUCCGAAGAGGAAUCCAGCAGCGAUGAGGAGGGUGGUAAAAAAUCUGGUGCCGCUCGUUUCUUACGUGGUGAUGAUUCCGAGAGUGAAGAAAGUGACGAUGAGGCGCCCAAAACUCUCAAGAGCGCAAAAGACAAGCAGUUUGCCGAACUUGAAUCUAUAAUCGACACAAUCGAGAAGCGUCAAAAGAUCAAUGAUUGGGGUGCCGUUUCUGUCGAAUUCGACAAGCUCAACAGGCAAGCCGCCAAGAUCUCAGAGCGUGGUAGAACACCAAAGCUCUACAUCAAGGCUCUGGUUGAAUUGGAAGAUGCGAUGAACGAAACCAUUUCGAAGCAGAAGGUCACUCCCAAGAAGAUGAACGCCACGAGUGCGCGUGGUCUCAACGCCGUCAAGCAAAAGAUCAAGAAGCUUAAGCAAGAUUACCAAACGCAGGUCGACUCGUACCGAGAGGAUCCUCUCGACUUCCUUGCUUCUGAUGAGGAGGAAGAAGCCCCUGCCCCGAAACCAAAAAAGGCCAAGGCAGAUGUGUACGCUGACGAGGUUGAGGAGGACCAAGAAGGCUUUGCCACUGUUGGAAAGGGCGGAAAGACGCUUCAGUUCACACCCGAAAGCAUCUUCAAGCACCUACGCGCAAUUCUGGAGUCUCGCGGUAAGAAAAAUACCGACCGGGUUGAGCAGAUCAAGAUCAUGGAGAAGCUCCUCGAAGUUGCUGCCACCCCAUAUCAACAAAUCAAGGUUCUUUUAACUCUUGUUUCUGCUAGAUUUGAUCUUGGCUCUGGUGGUACAGCAUCCAUGCCAUUGGAGCACUGGAAAGCAGCCGAAAAGGAGAUCUCUACUCUCUUCCAAGUUCUCGAGUCAAACCGGGAGUAUAUCGUGAUCGAGAACGCUGAAGAAUGGGAUGACGACGAGAAGCCGCCCACACUUCAGCCGGGUGAGAAAUAUAUCAAAAUCCCUGGAAGUAUCGUGUCGUAUGUCGAACGGCUUGACGAUGAACUUACGCGCUCGCUACAGAGCAUUGACCCUCACACGUCGGAAUAUAUUGAACGGCUAACCGAUGAGGGCUCGCUGUACAACGUCAUCUUCCGUGGCCUUCUAUACUACGAGACCCUCGCCAAGGACACUUCUUUGCAGACUCCACAGGAUAGCUUGAACCGCAUCGUCAUGCGUAGGUUAGAGCAUGUCUACUUCAAGCCUGCGCAGGUUGUCAAGAUCCUUGAAGAGAAUGCUUGGAAAUCGGUGCCUGCAGAUGUUGAAUCUACUAUCACGCCUAGAGGAAGUAUUUCGGAUGCUACCAACCUACUCAAUGUCCUCUGCAAUUACUUGUUUGUCAACAGCGAGGGUAUCAUUCGAGCACGUGCGAUGUUAUGCCAGAUUUACUUCCUUGCUCUACACGACGAGUACUACAAGGCUCGAGACAUGAUGCUCAUGUCUCACUUGCAGGAAACAAUCGGAAGUUUCGACGUCCAGACGCAAAUUCUCUACAACCGAACCCUAGUGCAAGUCGGGCUGUGCGCCUUCCGUAAAGGUCUGGUCUACGAGGCACAAAAUACGCUGCAGGAGAUCUGCGGUAGCGGUCGACAGAAGGAAUUGCUAGCCCAAGGCGUCAUGAUUCAGCGUUACGCUCAGGUCUCCCCUGAGCAGGAGAGGCUAGAAAAGCAGAGGCAGCUACCAUUCCAUAUGCACAUCAACCUCGAACUCCUAGAGUGUGUCUACCUAACUUGCAGCAUGCUCCUCGAAAUCCCGCUCCUCGCCCAAACAGGCUCGUCGCCAGAUAUCAAGAAGCGAGUUAUUAGCAAGACGUACCGACGCAUGCUGGAGUACCACGAGCGGCAAAUCUUCACCGGGCCUCCCGAGAACACUCGCGACCACGUCAUGCAAGCGUCCCGUGCUCUGGCUGCCGGCGAAUGGAAGAAGGCGACCAACUUUAUCCACAGCAUCAAGAUAUGGGACUUGAUGCCAAACACAGACGAGAUCAAGACCAUGUUGUCGAAGCAAAUCCAAGAAGAGGGCCUACGGACAUACCUCUUCACUUAUGCGCCCUAUUACGACACUCUUGCCAUUUCCACGCUCUCUUCGAUGUUCGAGCUCGAGGACCGCAAGGUAGCGGCGAUUGUUAGCAAGAUGAUCAGCCACGAAGAGCUCGCUGCAGCACUCGACCAGGUUACAGCAACAGUUAUCUUCCGAAAGGGCGUAGAGCUGUCUCGGCUUCAGAGCCUGGCGCUCACGCUGUCGGACAAGGCUGCGCAGCUCAUCGAGACCAACGAGCGUACGCUCGAGCAACGGACGCAGGGUACAGCCAACGCGUUCGACAGGAGAGGCGGACAAAACCAACGAGGCGGCCGGGGUGCAGGACAGCGGACGGGACGGGGUGGCACGAGAACGGGCGGAACUGGUCAAAGACAAGCGGGAGGCACGCAGUUCACAGGUGGUGUACUAAGUGGUGUAGUCCGUUCUUAGAUAACUGCUCGGGCAUGGGAUUUCCUUAUUUUCGACUCGCGUUUGUAUCCGCUGCAUACGGUUAGGUUUUGACAUUUAAUGAUGACCAAAAAAAAA